CAUCAUGAUUCGAGAUCCGCACCUCGGAAACCUCGGCCACGACACCGUCCUCAACCGUCAGCCGUCAGUCAGCCGCCGUGCAGCUGGUCCUGCAAGCGCUUGAUCACUGUGAGUGCAAGCACCCAGCUUGCAUGAUGCGUCGUAUAUUCCUCUCCCCACAGACCGCCCGGCGCGGGGUGUCUCGCGCUGAAUGGUGCCUGGGUGUGCCACGGGGUAUGUCUCGCUUGUGUGAUUGCUUCGCUCUGACCUUGCGCACCCCGUUCUGCGGUGUCGACCACCAGGCAUCGAGAGAUCACGGAACAACUCGUACCGCGGUUGCGCGUCUCCAUUAGUCCGGAUUGAGGAAUGCGCGGUGCAGAGAAAGAGAAAGAUCUGGGGCCCGUGAUGAAUGGGAUCGACGCCUUUCUCUCAUUCAAUGAGCCAUCACUCACUUAUAAAGUGACGGAUCUGCGUCGUUUCCGAGUCUUUCAGCACCGGCGAAGAACAUCAUGGCCGCUACCACCCCAAACACACUCGCGUACACCAAGGAUGACAAGCACGACGUCGAGGUCGAGUAUCAGGAGGUGAAGCCGCCCGUCGGCGAGCCCACCGAUGUCGUUGGCGAUUACUCGGGUUUCACUCAGAAGACCGACCCGAAGGAGAUCAAGCUCGUGCACAAGCUUGACUGCUUCAUUAUGCCUUCGCUCUGGGCCCAGUACUUUUUAAACUACCUGGACCGAAACGCGAUUGCUCUCGCCAAGCUUUCCUCGAUUGAGAAGGACCUCCGCCUCACCGAUGUUCAGUACCAAACCGCCGUGUCGAUCCUAUUCGCCGGUUACGUUAUCUUCGGUAUCCCCUCCAACAUGGUCCUCACCCGCGUCAACCCGCCCAUCUACCUCUGUUGCAUCAUGGUCACCUGGGCUGUCCUCUCGGUCUGCACUGCCUUCUGCAAGAACGCCACCCACCUCUAUCUCGUCCGCUUCUUCCUCGGUGUCUGCGAAGCCCCCUUCUACCCCGGUGCCCUCUUCCUCAUCUCCAACUUCUACACCCGUACCGAGGUCGCUCUUCGCGUCGCCAUUCUUUACACUGGUAACAUUCUUGCGACCGCACUGGCUGGUCUCAUCUCCAUCGGAAUCUUCAAGCUUGACGGCCAUCGGGGGUACGCUGCAUGGCAGUGGCUUUUCAUCAUUCAAGGCGCGGUUACUGGCCUUGUCGCCCUCCUUGCGUAUCCCUUCCUCCCUUCGACGCCCCUCACAACCCGCUGGCUCAAGCCUGAGGAGCGUCAGCUCGCCCAUGACCGUCUUCUUCGCGACAAGAUCGACCAGACCGAGCCCGGAUCGACCUGGGCCGGCCUCAAGCAGGCUGUCACCGACUACCGCACCUGGAUCUUCGCCUUCAUGUUCAACAACCACCUUGCUGCCAAUGGGUUCAAGAACUUCUUCCCAUCGGUUGUCAAGACUCUCGGCUUCAACCAGACCAUUACCCUCGUGCUCACCUGCCCGCCCUACCUCGUGGCUGGGGCUGUGACUUUCCUCCUCUCGUGGUCCUCGGGUCGCUUGAACGAACGCACGUGGCACAUCACUGUGUCCAAGUGCAUCGCCAUCAUCGGUUUCGCCCUUGCCCCCGCGACCCUCAACACUGGCGUGCGCUACUUUGCCAUGUGUGUCUUCACCCUUGGCACUUACGGUGUCAACUCCCUCAUCCUGGGCUGGGCUUCGACCGUUCUGUCGCAGACUCAGGAGAAGAAGGCUGUCGUCAUCGCCAUUCUUACCUCGCUCGGGAAUCUGUCCUUUGUGUACACUCCCUACCUGUUCCGCAACGCCGACAGGCCGCGUUACGCGCUUGCGAUGGGUGCGAUGGCUGUGUUCUCCCUCCUCACGCUUCUGUCUGCGUGGGUUAUGAAAAUCGUCCUCCAGCGCCAGAACCGCACUAUCCGCGCGUCUGGUGCCACCACCAUGUACCCGUAUUAGACGAGGAUACUGAGGAUAAGUAAAUUUAGUAACAGUAGUUCAAAUUGGCCGCAAAUUGUAGUGUGCGAUUAAGGGUUGGCUAUGAAGAUAUGUCACCUGUGAAAUGCAG